CCACCACAUUUCUAAUUUCUAAAAAUCAAAUAAAGAAAAAAAAGAAGUACUUGCCAUACUUUAUCCAUUGAGUUAUUAACCAUGGUUAAACAAACCCUCGCCAUAACCACUAUCUCCAGCGGUUUAUAUAUGUAGAACAAGUAUAGAAACCACAAACAAACCACCAUACAAACCUGCAAAACACACCAUACAUAAUACAACCGACAACAAAAAUGGUCGGAGACGACAACCACCACCACAACAACAUGAUGGUUCACGUACCACCAUGGACCCUCAUGGACCACGACCCCUUCUCUCCCCGCAGCCCCAAUGCCACUAUCGAAGACUACGCCUACUUCCUCCGCAACGACGCCGCCCUCCGCCGCUACCUCGAAGACAACAACCUCGACGCCGACGACGCUACCGACUUCGACAUCACUUCCGAAACCUUUGCCUGUGACAGCUUCCGUAUGUACGAGUUUAAGGUACGUAAGUGUGCACGUGCUCGCUCACAUGACUGGACCGACUGUCCGUACGCUCAUCCCGGAGAAAAAGCUCGCCGUAGAGAUCCCCGGAAGUAUAGUUAUUCCGGUACCGCGUGCCCGGAGUUCCGUAAAGGGAACUGUAAGAAAGGUGACGGUUGUGAGUUUGCUCACGGUGUUUUUGAGUGUUGGCUGCAUCCUCACCGGUAUCGUACUCAGCCGUGUAAAGACGGUGUUAACUGUCGCCGGCGUGUGUGUUUUUUCGCACACACGCCGGAGCAGCUUCGGGUUCUGAGCCCACAUGCUGAUUCUGGGUUUCCUACGUUGUUUUCCUCGUUGUCGGAGUCUUCUACACCGCCGUCGGAGUCGCCGCCGAUGUCUCCGGUGGCCGGAACUCUUAGCCGGUCACUUGGGUCGGUGCCGGUGAGUGAUAUGUUAACAUCUCUCCGGCGUUUGCAGCUUACAAAAGCCUCCACACCCUUGGGUACGGGUACGGGUUCCCCGUGGGGUAUGCAAAUGGGUCGGCUUGGUUCUUCUCCUGGAUCCGGGUUGUAUAGUCUGCCGUCGACUCCGACCCGACCCGUGGUCCGACGGGGUUUAGGGUUUGAGAUCUGGGAUGAAGGUUGUGUGGAGGAGGAACCGGUUAUGGAAAGGGUUGAAUCCGGUAGGGAUUUGAGGGUGAAGAUGUUUGAGAAGUUGGGCAAGGAGAAUGGGUUGGGUCGGGUUGACCCGGGUGCGGAAGGAAGUUCAAACCCGGAUGUUGGGUGGAUUUCGGAGCUUGUGAAGUGAAUGGUGAAUGGGAUCUCCCAAGUGUUUAAUUUUAAUUAAUUACGGAUUAUUGUUAUUGUUAUUAUGUGGUUAGUUAGUUGGGAUGAUGAAAUUAAGGUAACAUUUUGUUUGUGAUGUAAAUAUUGGUAUGAUGGGGGUGAAGUUGAAAGAAAAGAGGGAGGAGAUGAGAUGGGGUGGAAUUAUUAUUUUCUUUGUUAUGAAUAUUGAAAAUGAAUUGGAUAUUAUGAGAAUGUAAGUUGUAAUGUUAUUACUAUUGUGCACUUGUUA